AUGCUCACUCGCAACAUCCGCUCCUCUCGCGUCGUUUCGGCACUCUGGCAUAGCAUGAACAUCUCCACUUUGCUCUCCGAAGAAGAAACGCUCACUCACCCCGGGCAGCAUGCCGAAGCUCAGCGUACCUCGAACCUAGAGCUAGCACACCCAGCUCCUCUUCAUUCGUCUGCACGCCUGUCCCUCUUCUCACCACGGUGUUCGCCGCACAUCUCGCAAACCUGUCCGGCCCAUAGUCCCACGUUUGCAACUCUCCCAGCCCCUCCCCGAUCACCCGUGGAACCCUUCGAGAGAAAAACGCAGCCCUGGCGAACCGAGGAGCUCCGGGUGCUCGUGUGCGCGCUGUUCAACUUCAUCUCGCCCGAAGCGCCGAAUAGCAAGAAGGGCAAGUGGAAGGAAGUGCGGAGGAGUCUAAGCGCCGCCGGUUUCUCGCGGUCGAUCGAUGCUUGUCGCAAGUGCUACAAGAGGGUACUGGAGGGCGGCGAUGAGCCAUUAAGGGGCACUCCUGAGAUGGUCUUGCUCAUCAGCCUUAAGCAGCGAGAUACCGCGAAGCAGCAGGCCGAGGUGCCCGAGGUGACCGAGCGGCCGACGGAGUCACCGGCUGUGGAGGAGGCAAUCGCGGAGGGAGCAACUAAAAAAGAGAUUUCUGGAGACGAGGGAGAGACCAGCUUCUGGGGCGACAAACUAUGA